GAUGGGUACGGAUAUAAUAAUUUUUUGGAAAGAAGAAGAAACGAUUAAUGACCCGUUUCUACGGAUAUUGCAAGAUCCGAGUGAGAUUUUACAAGCCUCACCACGAUUAAAGGUGAUUAAUGAUGCUUUAAAAAAUAAUAAUUUGGAUUCUUCAAUUGCUACUCUUUUUCAAACAUUAUUAGAAAAAACAUAUGAACCAUUAAGACGCAUCUUAGCAAUCGCUUUUCUUAAAGAAUUUGUAUAUGGCAUGUGGGAUCUAACAUUGCAAGAUGACUAUACACUACCAAUUUCAUUUAUUGGCAUAAUAGAUGUUUGUGAAUUUGAUGGCGACGUGCUUUUUGAAGAAAUCAAUAAUUUUAUGAAUAUAGACAAUCCUUUAAUUUAUUCACUCAAGGUCUAUUUUCUCCGUGAAUUACGUCACAAAGGUCUUUCAAUCGAUGACAUAAAACGAUUCUGUGUAGCACACAUAAAUAAAUUUCCUUGGUUAUCCACUUUCAAAUGGAAUGAUAAAGAAUUGUAUAGCAUUGGUGACAAAGCCCCUUUGCAGGCUUUUAUACGACAAUUACAAAAUAUUAAUGCAUUUCGUGCAAGAGUUGCAUUAAUUGGACUUAUUAUAAUUCGCUUACAUGUUGUUAGGGCAUCUCGUAAAUGGGAAGUACCAGAAAAUCAAGCAGCGGAUUUAUUGAAGGUCAUUGAUACAAUGAACAAUUUAUCAGUUGGAUAUAAACAAACAGUAAAAAGAAUUCUCUCAAACGAUCAAUCACUCAUUCGAUUAGAUAAUACUAUAGAUAAUAGCAAUUUAUUCUUAAAAUCAGUUAUAGCUCAUUCAAUCGUUUCCAAUAUUGAAUCGUUAAGUUCUGUAGUUACUGGAAGUGGUGGGCCAAUUAGUCGUCAGCCUAUGGAAACGAUAAUAUAUCCAGAAUGUGAAAAUAAUACAAUCUAUGAAGUUAACCAUUUGUCAGUAACUGUUCCUAUAAAGCCCAAAGACCAACCUGGAUAUAUCGGAGAGCAUGUUAACAAUUCGACUAAUCAUUCGGUUCGAUCUAUGUCACCUUUUUCAUAUAGAAUUUUGCAUUUAAUCGUUCAUGCCCUAAUUGGGUCUUCCGCGCAUUCUCCAGCAACAUUAACUUUCCUAUGCAGACAUAACCAGAUAGCAAAUAAUACGGAACAUUAUUGUUUGGGUCAUAUUAUUGAUGAUUGGAUAGUUCUUAGACGAAUUCUUAACUGUUCAGAUGUAAGCUUGGUAUUGUUAUUUCAUUCAUUACUUACAAAAAUGACACAAACACCUCUGCCUGUGUCAACGCUAAAGACAUCAGUUGAGCGUGAAGAUUGGGAAACACAAUUUACUCGAAAUUACGUUUUUCCAUUAAUUGAGAGUGUUACUGAAACUGUAACAAGCUUUCGAACGGCACUAGCCGCUGCAUCUGCAGGUCAGGGCAAUAAUACCAAUAUUACCGAAUCUGAAAUUGAUCAAAUAAGAAUGAUAGAUGAAGAAUAUCGAUUUUCGAAAUUACCACGGCUUUGGCGUAAAAUUGACGAA